AUGGAUGUGCCGAUUUCUAGGAACGACACGAAGACCAACCCGGACCUGCUGUUUCUUGUAUCCAAAUGCACGGUCCUGGUCCUCACUCUUGUCCUGGGCUUACCCGGGAAUGUGUGGGUGUGUUGGGUCGUGUUCCGAACCAAGAGUCUGCGGACGAGUAAUAACAUGCUGCUGGUCAGCUUGGCCACCAGCGACCUGCUGAAGUGCUCCGUCGACACGCCACUCCUGCUCGCCUCCUUCCUGCGAGCCGGGGGUGGCGAGCGCCUGCCGCUGUCCGUGUGCGCAUCGCAGCAGUUCACCUGGGUCUUGUGCAGCUGCGUACAGGUGCUGACACUGGCCAGCAUCAGCGUGGAGCGCUACCAGGCCAUCGCGUUUCCUUUCCAAACGCAGCAGAGGAGAGCGCGGGUUCGAAUCUGGAUCGUCUUCAUAUGGCUUUGCGGCCUCGCAUUGGCUGCACUUUCCCUGACACUCUCCAAACAAUCCCUCUUCUACACGCUGUGCCUGACAACCACUUCUCACGUAGGCGCUCACCCCCGCUCUUCGGAUCCGUUCGGACCUUUCGUUUUGGUGCCCAUGUGGGGCUUGUCUCUGACCGUCAUCGUCAUUCACUACGGACGAAUCAUCGCGAUUGUGAGGAAGCACCGAAAUAAGGUGUUCAGUCGCGGUAUUCGGGUAAUGCCCACGGUGUCCGAGCACGUCUGGAGGUGGAUGGGUGACCCGGCUUCAGCACUGCGGACAGCGCCGCCCGGCUGCCCCAAGCCGCCGGCCCCACGCCGGCCGCUGCGCUCAGUGUCAGGUGAGCCCAGCUCUGGCUAUUUCGGCGGGAGAGUCCACAGGACGCCUCCGGAGAUCGUGGGAGCAGUGUGUCUACUGACGCCUGGAGCCAGAGAGCGGGGGAAGAAGCGGCUUGAGGGCAAACUGGCCAAACGCUUUGGCUACAUUAUCAUCGCCUUCACGCUUUUUUGGCUUCCCAUGGUGGUUAUUUUGCUCAUGAAUCACCUCAUCGCACGGCCGGACAAUGACAGAUUGUUGCUGGAGAUGGAGACCUCGGCGAUGGUGCUCACUUGUGUGCAAGCCGCAGUGGAUCCACUCAUCUACACUUUGGUCACCAGACAGUUUCGCUUUGAACUCACCAAGAUAUUCUCGUCCGUCCGAAGGUUGGCAUCCUGA